AUGUCCAAGGUCGUUGUCGUUACGGAGCGAAGUGCAAGUUUAGCCACGAAAUCCAGGCAAGUUUUCGCUCAGGAAUUUGGAGUCUGGGGUGACGCAUUAGCACGCACUCAGCAUGUUGAGGGCGCUGGAUUGAGUCAUACUACUGUCAAACGUCCAUUAGACCAGAAGGGUCUUAAUCAGCACAAUGGCCAACAGAAUCGCCAUCCUAGGACGGCUCAGCCACAGGUGCAGCGCACCAUGUCUCAAAAGCCUUCCUCGGAGAAUUCCGGUCAUAAGUCUGUUGGGCCAUCCCGAAGUUCCAAGGGUGGCGAAGUGUGUCGCGCUUGGAAGGCUGGGAUGUGCACAAAAGGCGCUAAAUGCCGGUUCCCGCAUAGCAUCAAACUUGGCGACCAUCAGGAUCAUCUUGAAGAUGAUAUUCCCCAACAAAAUAAAACAAAACAAAAGUUAGCUGUGGAGGCUCAUGCAGCCGAGAUUACCAAAGACACUGCCGCGAAGACAAUCCAGAGCGUUGUACUUGGGUCUAUCGUAACCUUCAGCGCAGGCCUUGAAUUAUCCCACCUGAUCACUGGAUUCGAGUGCUGCACCUUGCAUAUUGCAAAUUUGCCUCCUAAUGUGCAGGAAGACGAAAUCAAUGCGUUGUUCACGGACCGCGGUCUUGAUCGAGAGCGCUUCCACCUCGUCGGCGUCAAACCUACGCCAAGUGGUGGAAAGCGUGCUAGAAUUAUCACAGACGCUGAGUCUGGGAAAGAACUCUCGCUUGACCUCGGUGGCUUUGAGCUUAGGAACGAAGUUCUGACUCUCGAAGUGUCAGGCUACAACAGUCCCGGAAGUAUGUCUGGGGCGACUGAACGUGACAAUAAUGUCCUUACGAUAUGCUGGCGUGCUCCAUCCGUGUGCUAUGUCGCAGAAUACCCUGUUACGGUAAAUGCUACUGCGAAAGCGCAGGAACUGAACCGUCAGAUGUGUUCUGGACGCCGGGUUAAAGUUGAGGUCAACACCAUGCCACCUAGUCGCUUCGUGCCAACAUUCCACCGCAACUCAGUCAAAAUUAAUAGUGUCAGACGGUUGAGGGUGAAUGGUGGAGUGCCCAGCGAAGACGUCGGCCAUAUUACUGCCACAUUAUGGGAUGAUAUCGAACACAUCUCUCCUGGAACCCUCAAGUCGCUGGAGCCACUGCUGCCCACUCCGAGCAUUGAUGGUAUUGUUAUGGUCCAUGCGCUGUUUUCUUCGUGGGAGGACGCGGACGCGGUACAUUCCCGUCUCCUUAAGCAUCACAUCGGGAACGUAUCCUUCUGGUUCCGGCUCCCGAAUCCCACACAGUACUCGAUCACUAUCUCUACUGAGCAGUUCCGGGCACAAAAGUCUUUGUGGGACGCCUUGAUUGAUGGCAUCAAAGACAAGCGUGCGUGUAUGCUGCACAUUCAUGAACAGGGCGCCGUUGUCCGGAUGUGCUUGUCUGGUUCCAAGAAAGAAGCCGUUGGCGCACUCAAAGUCAGAGCGGAAAGUCUGAACGCAGGUGCCAAGGUGGAAGGGUGGCACAGGAGACUCGGAUAUUCAAACAACAAAUUUUUACGUUCGAUUUUUGACGACACAGGGGCAUUCGUACGUGCGGAUUGGAGACGACAGGUUUUGAGAGUUUAUGGAGAUUCGAAAGCUGUUGAACAGGCUCGUGAGUUAAUCAAGAACAAGCUAGAGCAGCUCUCGUCCCUUGAGUAUACCAAAGUACUCGCGAAGCAAUCUGUUCGAUUUUUUCUUGCACGUGGAAUCCCAGAGUUGAAGGAAACUUUUGGCGAAGACUACGUCAAAUUUGUCAUAUCUACACUAUGCACGCAGUCCAUCCCUCUGAGAGUCCUCUACUCUGAAUCCCGAUCCGCUCGUUAUCAUACUCUCUCUAACUCUCGCGUCAGUUUCAUUUCCGACACCAAGGGUACAAUCCCCGUCGAACUCAAUAGCAGCCUUACAACACGGAGAAUCACAAUCUCUGGUGGCGAGGAAAGUCGAUAUGCCCUCGAGCGCUUGAUCAAAGACUCGCUCUGUGAACCACAGAUUGUCCCAGACCCGUCAGGACAGCAGUCCUGCCCGAUCUGCUAUGACAAUAUAUCGUCCCCGCUUCCUCUUGGUUGUGGACACAUCUACUGUUCUCCUUGCAUGCGUCAUUUCUUGACAUCCGCCUUGGAUUCUGGUCAGUUUCCGCUCACGUGCAUGGGUGAUGAGAGCCAGUGUAAAGUCCCCAUUCCUAUUCCCACUAUCCAACAAUUCCUUCCUCCAACUUCCUUCAACCGCCUACUGGAAGUAGCAUUUCAUGCGCACAUAUCUCGGCAUCCGCAGGAAUUGGAAUAUUGCAAGACACCAGACUGUAAUCAGAUCUACCGCUCCACCGACCCCAGCACCCUUCAUGUUUCUCAAACACAUCAGCAGGCCGGACGCAUUGCUGAGGAGGAGCGAGAAAUGGAAGCAUGGCUGGCAGCUUGUGGCGGGCGCGUGAAGAGAUGCCCAACUUGUCAAGCACUGAUCGAGAAAGCGGAUGGCUGCAAUCAUGUAAUUUGCACACUGUGCAACAGUCAUAUUUGCUGGCAAUGCAUGAACGUCUGUUCCGGUGGCACCACCAUCUAUGCGCACAUGGCCAGCAAACAUGGCACGUUCCACGGCGAGAAUCGACCGGGCAGCGGUUGCACUAUCAUGUAA